GGGUUUGAGUAAAAAGUAAACAGCUUGGCUUGUCACUUGCUCACCUUAUCUCCUAUGAUGCACACACAACUGUGUUGCACUAUCCAUAGUAUCUCGGAGACAGACUGUCACGAAGCGAGAUGGAGAAAACAGACGUUUGGAGCUGGUCGCCUACCAGUUAUGCAGUACAACAGAACGCGUAGGCCGCUUUGUUCUCAGAGGAGACAAAAAGAUGACAAAUGAUAACCUGAAUAAGCUGUUGGUAUUUUGUGUAUUGUUUUGCGCUCAGAAAACGUCCAUCGUGCAUGGUGCACAAGCUUUGGAAACUAAAGUGGCUCUGCUGCUCCACGCUGAGCCAGAGAAUCCAAAGUGCUUUGCUGAAGGGAUGUCAGACCUCACCUGCUUCUGGGAGGAGGAUGAGGAAAGGACUGGCUCUGCUGACCAAUACUCAUUCAUAUACACAUACCAGAAUGAGAACAGCAGUGAGUGUUCCAUAACUGCCCUACCAGCAGCAGGCGGCAAGAGGCUGUAUUUUUGCAGGUUGUCCCAGACUCAAUUAUUUGUGCCCCUUGACAUCCGGGUGUUUCGGGACGACCUGCUGAUCCACAACCGCAGUCUCUUCAUUGAACUUGUCUUCCUGUUAGACCCGCCUGCCAAUCUGACAUUGACGAGUACAGGGACGCAGGGGCAGCUGAAGGCCAGCUGGCUGCCUCCCUCUCUCAAGUACAUGGGUGACAGCAUGAUGUACGAGGUCAGCUACGCCAUGGCAGGGAGCCACAUUGGAAAGGUGGAGGAGGUGCAAGCCAGCUCUGAGCUCAUCUUGCGUGGUCUGCAGUCAGGCACUAAGUACAAGGUGCGCAUUCGUGUCAAACUGGACGGCAUCAGCUACAGCGGCUACUGGAGCGCCUGGACUGAUCCGGUACUGAUGGAAACAAUGCCUGGUGACUUGGACCCUCUCAUCGUGUCCUUGAGUCUCAUCAUCUCUCUCGUCCUCACCCUGCUGUCUCUCCUUGUGCUCAUGUCUCAUCGCAGGUUCCUGUUGAAGAAGAUCUGGCCAAUCAUUCCCACCCCUGAAAGCAAGUUCCAAGGCCUCUUUAAGGUUUAUGGCGGUGACUUCCAGGAGUGGUUGGGCCACAGCACUGGAGGCUUAUGGUUGAGGCCAGCCUACUUCUACUCUGAGGAAUUCCCUGCGCCACUAGAGGUGCUCUCAGAGGUUAGCCUUGGUCCCGCCUUACCCAGCUCCGCUUUGCCACCCAAGGCCUCAGAGGCACUUGGUGAGGAGGAUGAAGACGAGAAGCUAAAGAGGGUGGAUUCUGCAUUGGAGGGGUGGAGAGAAACCCCCCAGGAGCACUGGCCGAUGGACCAGCUCCGGGCUAUUCAUCAGCACCCUGCACCCUGGACCCAGUCUUCUCUACUGGAGUCCCAUGAUGCCUAUGUCACCCUCAAUGCUCAGAACCACAGUGGGGAGGAGCUUCUGGACGACAUAUUGGAAGAAACCUUGCCCCUGCAGGUUCUCUUUGCCUCUGGAAGGACAUCCUCUGAAUCUCGAUCAGACUUGGGCUCCUUCCAACAGAGCUCAGGAUUGGGCCGCCUCUCGUCCCAGUCCAGUUUUGAGUACCCAAACCACACCUGGCCGCCCAAGGGCCCCGGGUACACCUACAUGGCAGUGGCCGACUCAGGCGUCUCCAUGGAUUACAGUCCGAUGAGCUCGAGUAAGAUCGAUGACAUUGGGAAGGGAGUUAUCUAUACCAAUGAGUACAAGAACGAGAUCCCUGCACACAGAAGACCCAUAGGUACGCCCAUCCCCUUUGCAUUCUGAAUCAAGGCUAAGCUAUGUAACAGGCUAUGAACUGAGGCUUAAAGGUCCAUUGAAGCUGAAAAACUGUUGGGAUGUUUGGCCAAGGCUUCUACAUGGACUCCAUCUUCUUGUCAGUGGAAUGUAAAAAGCCAGGGUGUAGGCUACUCUCAUAACUAUGAGAUAACAGACAAAGCAACAUUUAAGCUCAAAGGCUUUGGUGAGGAAAAGUCAAAGGUAUCCCUGAUAAGGAUUUCAUAAUCCUUUGGAUGUCACAAGCUCAUUCUCACAAUAUCCCUUCAAUCGGAAGGCAGCUGUUUGAGAAAUACAUGACCAACUGAAACACUCUAAAGUUGAUAUUAUACAACACAUGUAAUGUGUAUAUUCUAAGAUCAUUGGAUCUUGUAGGUCAAUUUAUAAGGUUAUUUUCUAUAUUUUUAUUGGAAUAACUAGAUAAUGUUGACACUUAUAUUGUGUUUGUCUAUUGUGUAUUGUACAAGAGUAUCACUAAGAUGUAACCAUGGUCUUAACAUGAAGCUCCUGCGAGAAUGAAGAGGUACUGUAGGAUGUGCAGGAAUGUGUUUAGGCAAUGUGUCACAUUUCAGUAUGAUGCUAUUGUACACCUCUUGCUUGCAAUGCAUAGAUCAACAAAGGUUGUAAAAGUCAUGAUGGUUCCAGUGUAUGAAUGUUUGUAUAUUUGUAUAUCUAAUUGUCACCUCAUUGAAUCUUACAUAUUAUCAUACAUUUUGAGAGGCCAUAAUUGUUGAAACUGUAAAUAAUUCAAAUGACAUUUUUUGGGGUUUAAAUAAACACCCGUUUGUUGAAAAUGUAGGUAAUUCCUCCCACCCAACAAACAAAAAUUGUGAUUUGGCUAAAUGUACGAGUAGAUUGAAAAAACGUUGUCACAUUUUAAGUUGUUCCAUUGGUGAAAAAGAGUUGUUUACAUCGACACAUGUGGAUAUGACAAUUCAAUGUGGUAGGGCAAGCAUACUCAACUCUGACCCUACGAGGUCCGGAGCCUGCUGGUUCUCUGUUCUACCUGAUAAUUAAUUACACACACCUGGAGUGAACUGGCUUUGAGGUCCAGAAUUGAGAUUGAGGGUGGUAGAGUAUCGCAAUAUUUUUUUCAUGGCAAAAUGGAAACACAAAGCAGAUGAAACUCUUCGGUCCUUUAAAAACCUGCUGUAUGUAAAAAUAAUAUUGUGCGCAAUAGCUUGGGAAAUAAAUAAAUGUGACUCUGGAUGACAGCAAGAUGAUUUGCUUUCAACAUUAGGGCUGUUUUCCUAAAGAAGUUAAAUCUGUUUCAUGUUUUGUUUCUUUGCCAAGAUAGUGGUAUUGUCCCGUUCCUUAGAAUGUGGACAGUAGUUGAGUAGCCUGGGCAUUGGGGAAAAGGGCAUUGGACGUUAUAACAAGUGAAGUUCACAACUUUCCUUAUAUGACUGACCUAGAUCUUACCAUAAUGAGAUGAGGUUCUGAUCUGUCCAGAGAAGAUAAGGAACACAAUCCCCUCACAGAACACAGUUAUAGAACAUAGGCUAGUAAAUAAGGGAAAAUCUUUUAAAAACAACCAAAGUGAACAUUUGUUUAGAAAAGGCUCCAAUCAAACAUGUUUAUUUUGUGUUUACUAACAUUUAGAAUAUUAACUAGUUCCUAAUUUGUCUAUCUUUAAACCCUUUAGUUUUCAGUUAUUUUCAGUGUUCAUUUCUAAACAAACUGGUGAAUGUUUCCUGACUUUUUCAUUACAUGUUAUGAUAAUACUGUGAUGAUUACCUAUACGGAACUUCUGACAAUCAUUUCUGUAACUCAGUAUCUCUUUAUGGUCAACAAAAAUGUCAAUAUGCCUGAAAUAUAACAAAUGUUAAUCAAUUCUGAUGCGCUUCCAAUAUGAUUUAAAAAUGUAUGGCAUUAAAGCAAAUCAAAUGUUAUUGGUCACAUA